CGUGAGCAGCCUCAGCCUGUCAUGAUUGCCUAACUGCCUCUACCUUCUACUACAAACCAAAUCACACACACUUUUUUUCUCUCUCUCUCUCUCUCUCUCUCUCCAUUCUUUAUUCUUGUAAACAGAGGGGCAGAGGCAAGGGCAAGGCAGCAUCACUUGGACAAUCCACACGCUUUUUCAGCACCUUCUACAGUAAACUCUAUAAUCUAGAGAGAGAAAAUUUUCUACUUCGAUCUGUUGCUUCUGUUUUUGUGGAGAGAAAUCAUCAAAUCAAAAAUGGGUGGAGCUACUGGAAGAUUACCCACUUGGAAAGAGAGAGAAAAUAACAAGAAGAGAGAAAGAAGAAGACGAGCUAUUGCUGCUAAGAUCUUUACUGGUCUUCGUGCUCAAGGUAAUUAUAAGCUUCCUAAACACUGCGAUAAUAACGAGGUUUUGAAAGCUCUUUGUAGAGAAGCUGGUUGGAUUGUUGAUGAUGAUGGUACUACUUAUCGCAAGGGUUGCAACCCACCUCCAAUGGAAAUGGCGGGUACAUCUGCCAACAUUAGCGCCUGUUCUUCCCUUCAACCGAGUCCACAAUCAUCUGCCUAUCCUAGUCCUAUACCUUCAUACCAUGCCAGUCCAACAUCAUCUUCUUUUCCAAGCCCUUCGCGCUAUGAUUCAAACCCAUCCACCUAUUUGCUCCCUUUCCUUCGGAAUUUGGCUUCCAUUCCUACAAAUCUUCCACCCAUUCGUAUAUCAAACAGUGCCCCUGUAACUCCCCCACUUUCUUCCCCGACUUCUAAGGGCUCCAAGCGUAAAGCUGAUUGGGAGUCCCUCUCAAAUUCUAAUGGCUCUGGCUCUAACUCUCAACAAUCUGCCUGUCACCCUGCUUUUGCUGUUUCUGCCCCGUCUAGCCCUACACGGCGUAACAACAUUACUCCUCUUACCAUACCAGAAUGUGAUGAGUCAGAUGCUUCGACCGUUGAUUCUGGUAGAUGGUUCAGCUUCCAGAGCGGACCAACUUAUGGAAUUCCUACGUCUCCUACAUUUAAUCUAGUGAAACAAGCUGCUGCUCAGACGAGCUCUAUGCAAGAGGCACUCAAUGGGAAUGUGGCCCUUGGCUGGGGAGGUGCUAUAGAGAGAGGACGUGGCUCGGAGUUUGAGUUUGGAAAUGGUGCCGCUGUCAUGGCUUGGGAAGGAGAGAGAAUACAUGAGGUGGGGGUAGAUGAUUUGGAGCUCACUCUUGGUAGUGCCAAGGCUAAAUGCUAAGGGCUCACCUGCAACUCAUGUUUGCCACAGCCAGUUGAAUUGAUAAAAACAGGUACUACACUGCAAUUGGUGUGUUUAGGUGAUAUCAAAUGUACAGCAUUUUACUAUCAAAUGAAGCCGUUUUGGAGGCCUGAUAUUGCUAAAUCGCGGUUGAGCAGACUGGGUUUGCCGGUUUUGGGUACUUAAAAUUGGAAAUCUGGGUAAAGUAAAUUUCUGACUCAAACUUGAGUGAGUUGGGAGGCAUGCCAUGUAAACUAUAAAUGUUGCUUCCGAGUGUGCUUUAUUCAGGAGUUUCUGCAGCAUAAAUGGUUGUUAAUGUAAAAGGUCUUAUUCAAUGUAGACUGUCAAAACUCAAAACUAGGUUGCUGUUAGUAUCUUAGAAUGCAGAACUUUUCUUUUUAAGUUUAAAACCUGAUAUUAACUAAGAAAAGAAUAGUUGUUAGACUAGUUAUUUUCAUCAGAAAAAGAAAAACACGUCGAAAAACCGGGUUAUUAUUUUCCUUAUCGAUGUAUUAAUACUUGUAGUAGCCAGAAUCGAUGAUCAUGAUUCAUGGCUUUGUAUUCCUGAAUUUUAGUUUAAUGAUUAUUGCAAUGUGUUGAGAGCUUU